UGACCAAGAUUUGUAAUCGCGCAUGUAAUCGCAGUUAAAGCUUUUACGCUGGCGGCCAAUUUGUUACCAGACAGCGCAAUACGCGCACAGUCCCCAGAAAAAAAAGCACUUCAGUCUGCAGCUGAUAGGUUGUCAGCCUCUACCAACCUACUUGCGCAUCGAUUGGUCCACCCGGUUCUUCACUAGGUUCUCAUUGGCUUUUCAUGAUGGUAGUUCACUGUCGCCACAUGCUCGUUUACUUUAGAAUGAAUACAGAUUUGGGGAUUUUUUCGUUGGUCAUUUGAAUCAGGAGUCAGAGCGCCAGGGACUCGGAGCAUCGCUUGGCCACACCGCUGAAGAGAGAAUGAUGGAAUUUCGUUUCGGCAGCACAGUGGCCUGAGGAUAAUUAUCUGCCAUCUGAGAUUAAAGAAAAAAGAGAUACGUAGGGUAAAGAUGUUUUGCACGAAGCUGAAAGAUCUGAACAUUUCUGGAGAGUGUCCAUUCUCCAGCCUCGCCAAGAAGAGUGAGUCUGGAGACUUUGAGGAUUGCUCCAGUGACGCCGCGGAUAUAUUGCCUAUUUCUAAGGAUGUGCCAGAGAAAAGCGGCGAAGAUCUACCCCCUCAGAGACUAUCCAGAUUGAAAGUUAACCUUCAUUCACUUGGAGAAAGCAUCCAAAAACUGGCUAAUCCCGAGUUUCAAAGACUGCACACUGCUCUCGAUCGAAUAGUGAAUCCUAAAAUACACACGAGAGACAACGAAAGCCUAGAAACAUGCCCAUGCUCUUGUGACAAACCAGAACAUCUACUACACAUAAUGACGGAGUACUCCACCAAAACAGGGAUCCCAAUGGAGGCGGUGCAAGAGGCGUUGGGGGAGGAGCUCUUCCGGAUGUGCUACGAGGAGGACGGCCACGUGCUGCGGGUGGUCGGCGGCGCCCUCCACGACUUCCUCAACAGCUUCAACGUCCUGCUGAGACAGAGCAGCGGCGGGUCCAAACGGUCGCGCUCCGACUCUGACGCCGCCGCCGCCGCCGCCGGCCCGGGGGGCUCAGCCCGCCACGAACCCUCGGUGCUGUGCCUGGACAAGGACCCGGGCCUGCUCACCGUGUACUACUUCAACCCCCAGCCCAUCACGGAGCUCUUCUUCCCUGGCGUGAUCCGCGCGGCCGCCCGGGUGCUGUACCACACCGGCGUGGAGGUGGUGCUCACGGACCCGGCGGGGGCCGGCAAGGACUGCAUCCUGCAGGCCAGCCCCCAGCACAGCCUGCGCUACACUGUGGUGGUGAAGGACACCCGGAGCCUCAGCCCCAGCCCGCUGAGGGCCACCUCGGCCGGGACCUUCCCCAGCUCCCUGUUCUGCACCACCUUCCCCUUCCACCUGCUGCUGGACCAGGACCUGCUGCUGCUGCAGAUCGGACACGGCCUCCGCAAGAGGCUCUCCCGCAAGGAGGGCCCGCCCAGGAGGGUCUCCUCCUUCCACGAGCACUUCUGCAUCGUGUCGCCCCAGAUCCGGUGCUCCUUCCAGGGCAUCCUGACCAUGCUGAACACACAGUUCAUCAUCCGGAUCAGGCACACGGACGGCUGCAGCGCGGACGGCAAAGGGAAGCCGAUGGACCUGAAGGGCCAGAUGAUCUUUGUGUCCGAGUCCAACGCCGUCCUCUUCCUGGGCUCCCCGUGCGUGGACAAGCUGGAGGAGCUGACGGGGCGCGGCCUGUACCUCUCCGACAUCCCCAUCCACAACGCCCUGCGCGACGUGGUGCUGGUCGGGGAGCAGGCCAAGGCCCAGGACGGCCUGAAGAAGCGCCUGGGGAAGGCCAAGACGGCGCUGGAGCACGCCCACCAAGCCCUGGAGGAGGAGAAGAAGAGGACGGUGGACCUCCUGUUCACCAUCUUCCCGGGCACCGUGGCCCAGGAGCUGUGGCAGGGCCACACGGUGCCGGCCAAGAAGUUUGACCGCGUCACCAUGCUGUUCUCCGACAUCGUGGGCUUCACGGCCGUGUGCUCGCGCUGCACGCCCAUGCAGGUGGUUACCAUGCUGAACGAGCUCUACACUCGCUUUGACCACCAGUGUGGGGAGCUGGACGUGUACAAGGUAGAGACUAUUGGCGAUGCUUACUGUGUAGCAGGUGGCUUGCACAAGGAAAGCGAGAUGCACGCGUUCCAAAUAGCACGCAUGGCGUUGAAGAUGAUGGAGCUAUCCAACGACGUUAGGACUCCCACGGGAGAUACCAUUCAGAUGCGUAUCGGCCUCCACACGGGGUCGGUGCUGGCCGGCGUGGUCGGGGUCAAGAUGCCGCGCUAUUGCCUGUUCGGCAACAACGUAACAUUGGCCAACAAGUUUGAAUCUGGAAGCCAACCGAGUAAAAUCAACGUCAGCCCCACUACUUACGGACUGCUGAAGGACUGCCAGGGGUUUGUCUUCAUUCCAAGGAGCCGACAGGACCUUCCGGCCAAUUUUCCAGACGAUAUCCCUGGUGUUUGUUACUUUCUGGAGCCCUCUGAUAAUAUCCCCGGCGGCGGCGGUGAUGUUAUGAAUGACUGUCUGCAGAAAGAGCUGGAGCACAACACCACCACCACCACCACAACCACUACAAACUGAAACUGAAACUGAAACUAGCAAAUUAACUAUUAAUGAAUUCCGAGUAUGUGUUUUUCAGUUUUUUGUUUUGGAGCUACCAAUUAGACGAGGGUGUUUAUAUUUUAAAGCAUUGGUAUAGGUUUGUUGUUUUAAUAACUUGUAGAACUGUAUGUACAGUCCGUAGAGAGAGAGAGAGAGAGAGAGAGAGAGAGAGAGAGAGAGAGAGAGAGAGAGAGAGAGAGAGAGAGAGAGAGAGAGAGAGAGAGAGAGAGAAUUUAAAUUAAACACAACCUCUUUGUGAUCAUCAUCAUGGCUGCCAUCAAGAAGAAGGAUAUCUUGAAGUUAUUUUUAUUCCUUAACGUAGUCAACCAUGAAUAUGAAGUGCAAAAAAGCAGGUCAAGUGUCGUAUUUUGUCAUUUGACAUGCAUCUAUUUAAAAAAAAACAUCUCUUGUCAAAUAUUGUAUUGUCACAAAAUCCCUAAAGAAUCCAGAACUGAUCUCUAAAUAUAGAGGACCAGGAAAUAUAAUAACUACAUUUCCUGUGAAAGUGAACAUUUGGAUAGAUUUAGGGGUUCACCCAUGACCAUUACAUUCCAGUAUUCACGUUUCCUUUCCUCUGCAAGUUGACGCAGAACAGAUAAACUCAAGGUGCCUUAUGGGAAAUGUCAGCUGUAGCAUGGGACAAACACACCCCUUCCUCUUUGUAUUACUGUAUACGUGCAUUUUCUAUUCUUCAUAGCUAGGGAUAAGGCUAAUGCAUUGUGUACAUUAACCCUUGUGAUACAUAUGUAUAAAUGUCAAGUAUAUGUUUUUCAACGUUUUUGUUGUUUUUACAGCACAGUAUGCAUUCUUAAACUCAUGUUUAAAAGAUCCAAAUCAUUCCAAAAUACACACCCUAGGCACAAUAUAUAUAUAUGUAUAUAUAUAUAUACAUAUAUAUAUGUGUGUGUGUAUGUGUCCUAGUGUGUUUUUGUAAUUGUGUAAGUGCACAUUUUCCAAAAACAUACGACAACCACACAGAAGAAAACAAUGAAUGUUAUAAGACGUGUAUGGAAUUUAAAGUAUUAAUAUUAUUAUAGUUUGUAAUGUAAUCAAAGCACAAUAAAUAUUACAAUGACAA